CAAGGCACGUGACGCGCCGCCUCAAGUACAUGCGCAAUCAGGAGCGAGCUCCAUGCCCGCAGAGUUGUCAGUCGUAGGGGCAGCAGUGACAUGGAGCUGCUGCUCUUGCUCUCUCUCCUCCUGACGGCUGCUUGGCGGUUCAAUGCUUCGAGCGGUGACUAUUUUACGUGCACCAUUGGGAGCUUCCACUGCCUGGACACUGGCCAUGUGCCCUUGUGCCUGAGGUGCGACGGGAAGCCUGAUUGCAGAGAUGGAAGUGAUGAGAGCGGCUGCCAAGCUGGAAAUGUUUCAUGUGGACCCCGUGGACAACAGUGUGGCAAUGGUGGUCCUUGCCUACCCCGGGAGCGCUUCUGUGACGGCCACGGGGACUGCCCAGAAAGUUCUGAUGAGUCAGUGGAGGUUUGUGGGAACCAGACAGCUUUGCCUUCACAAGCCUGUCCCAAAGGGGAGUUUCAGUGUGCACCAGGCGCUGAAUGUUUUCCACUGACGUGGAUGUGCGAUGGCCAUCCGGACUGCACAGACAAGCGGGAUGAACUUGGCUGUGACUUGGAUUUGCAGCAGUCUUCAGUGACGCCCCAAACAGAUGCUGCGGCUGGCCCUGGAGUUGAGCUGCAAGUGAGGCCUGAAGUAUUGUUGGAGAUUGCCAUUUUCUUACUCCUGAGUGUGACGGUGGUCACUGUCUGUGUUGCCGUGUGGUGCCACCGAGAAGCAGAACAACGCCUUGCAAGCUUCAACUUAGCUAAGGUUUCAGAACACCUGAUGGCAGAAGAGCAACCCUGAGAUUUUUCUCCAUGAGAGGAAGUUUCUACUUGCAAUAUAAUGCAGUUGGGGUCAGCUCACAUCUUGCAACACUCCCAGGAACAUUUGCACAAAAUUGUCAUGAACUGAUGGGGCAGCAGCUGCUCUGGGAACCCUUGAAGGAUUUGAGCCUUCACCUGCCUUCAGAGAAGCAGAAACAAUCCUAUUUCAUGGAUGUGAAUUUGACCAGUUUAAUCUCUAUGGCUGCCCUGUCUAUCCAGCAACGGUUUCCCCUGAAGCAUGGCGACACUCCUGCAGUCAGAAGGCCUUUCUCCUUGACCACCAGAAAAGGCACCCUCUACACCUUAUCUUCCUCGUGCCAUGUGUGUACCUUUCCAAGGACAACAUCUUCCUGAUCCAGGCUGUGUCUGCAAGCCCAGCUACGCUUUCCGCACUUCAGCAAACGCCUUCAAUCAAGACUUCAGAUGCUCAUCAAAGUUGAAUGUACAUCAUCUUCAUUUAGGACAGAUCUCCCUGUUGCUGGCCAAGAGGGAUCAUGAAAAAACAGCACUGAAAUCCUUGAAGGGAUGGGAAGCUUGUUUGGGGAUGAACAGAGUGUCUCCUACCUGCUUGCCUUGGUUCCAUUUUCCUCCCCCCCCCCAUACUUCCCCUUUAUGGGUAGAAGUUGGCUCCUAGGUUUUAGGAUGCUCCUUUCUCAUUUCACUUCUUGGUUCAUGACAUUUCUUGGAAGUAUCUCCUUGAACUAUUUAUCCUUCACAUUUUCAUUUUGAUUCUCAGUUGCAACGGCUGUGCCCUCUUCUGGAUUCCAGAUCCACGGAGAUCUGUUGUCGUCUUGAUGUCCCAUGUAUUUCUGUGCCAGCACUUCACAAAUAGGGACCUUAAGUCCUGUGCCUUUAAAAAUCAGGCUGCUAUAACAAAAAGCAAUAGAGAAAAGUCAUAAUGAGGUUAUUAUAGACCAGAUCCAUUUUGUUUGCAGCAAGUACUCUGGUACGAAGGCAGUCACUUUUAACCACUCCAGGAUCAACUCCUAAUUGGCUUGUCCCAACUGUGGUAGCUGCCCAUCCUUUGCUACCUGUGAAGCCACGUGUACACAAAGUAACAUACAUGUAAAUCCCUCAGGAGAAUUGGGCCAGAUAUGUGGGUCCUGGGUGGUGUAUCGCAGGCACGGGGGAGAAAAUCCCACAGGAGGUUUUAAGAGUUUUCUUAAAAGAUGUCUCUGUCUGUCUCAGAGAGCACUGCUUUUCACUGACUUAGAACCAUCUGAGAAAACUGAAGGAUUAAAAAGAACAUUAUUAAAAAGAA